UUUCCCGAUGACUUCAAGUUUGGUGUCGGUACCUCUUCGUAUCAGAUCGAGGGAGGCUGGAAUGAGGAUGGUAAGGGCGAAUCGAUCUGGGACCAGUUGACCCAUCAACGACCGGAGAAGAUCCUCGAUCGCAGCAAUGGAGAUGUCGCUGCUAAUAGCUACCAUUUGUGGCGUCGUGAUGUCGAGAUGGUAAAGGAGCUCGGUGUGGACAUCUAUCGGUUCUCGAUUGCCUGGGCACGCAUCAUGCCGACCGGUAUCAGCAACGAGAUCAAUCCGAAAGGCAUCGAGUACUACAACAAUCUGAUCGACGAGCUGCUCAGCAAGGGUAUCACACCGAUGGUAACACUCUACCACUGGGAUCUUCCGCAGCGGCUACAGGAGAUGGGCGGUUGGACGAACGAGCUGAUCGUGGACCAUUUCGUCGAGUAUGCCCGGGUUGUGUUUGAGGCUUAUGGUGAUCGCGUGAAGAUCUGGACGACGUUCAAUGAACCGUGGCAAACUUGCGAGAACUCGUACAGUAACGAUGCGAUGUCACCGGGCUACCAGUUCCCUGGUAUCCCUUCGUACCUUUGCGCUCACAAUCUGCUCAAAUCGCACGCCGAAGCAGUUCAUCUGUACCGGGAGGUGUUUAAGCCACAGCAGCAGGGUACGAUCGGUAUUACGCUCGAUUCCAGCUGGUGUGAACCGGCCAGUGAUGCCGAGGAGGAUCGUAAAGCGGCUGAACGAUCGCUGCGUUUCAAUCUCGGUUGGUUCGCCAAUCCUAUCUUCUCGACCACCGGUGACUAUCCAGCGGAGAUGCGUGAACGUAUUGCUGCUCUGAGCGCAGCGCAAGGAUUCCCCGAAUCUCGGUUGCCCGUUUUUACGCCGCACGAAAUCGAAAGAAUCCGAGGCACCUCGGACUACUUCGGACUUAACACGUACGGUAGCUCGAUGGUGCGUGCGAACGGUGCACCGGAUGAUCUUUCGGUGGGACCGUCGCACGAGCAGGACACGCACGUGAUUGGCUAUGCCGAUCCGAGCUGGCAAACGGCAGCCUCCCCCUGGUUAAACAUUGUCCCGUGGGGUAUGCGCAAGCUGCUCAACUGGAUCCGCACCGAGUACAACAAUCCAGCGAUCUGGAUCACGGAGAACGGUGUGAGCGAUUUCGGUGGUACCAAGGACGAUAUGCGGAUCGACUAUCUGAACGACUAUCUGCAGGCCGUGCUCGAUGCGAUGGAGGAUGGAUGUGAUGUCAAGGGGUACAUUGCCUGGUCGCUGAUGGAUAACUUCGAGUGGCGUGCCGGUUAUGUUGAAAAGUUCGGCUUCUAUUACGUCGACUUUGAGGAUCCGGAGCGAACACGCUACCAGAAGGCGUCGGGUAAGGUGCUAGCGAACAUCGUUAGGACACGCUUGAUCGAUCCUUCCUAUCGUCCUGAGCCGGAUGUCUUCAUUCCUGCUCCCAACACUCCAAACUAG